CUUACCGAAAUGGUUGGAUUCCUCGUUAGGUGAUGUAAAAUGAUCGUUGGUCAAUGGCCAUCAGUGUUAUCGUUGAACAUUUGCACAUUGAAGUGGAAAAGUAUGGAAAAUCCAAAUUAUUGUACCUAAGUAAUUUGAAUACAAGUAGAGGUACCUACCAUCCUCAUUCAAAUUCUGAUCGAUCUGAUCAUACAACAUGGAAAAGUUCUCUUCAAGCGAAUCAAAAACCGGCAUCGACACCAAAAUUGAACUCAUUCCAAAUAACCAAGAUCAAUUCGAAGACGAAUCUCCGACCCGACCAAUCAGCUCCUACGACAACAGCAACUCUUCCGAAAACAGGAAUUCCACUGCCUCGAAUAAUAAUACACCAGAAUGUAGAUUUGUCAAUAGUCCUUCUCAAACGCAUUGCCUUAAUACCACAGUCCCACAGAAUAUAACUCUACAAGAUUUCUCUGGAAAGCAUGCUCCAACGAGGAAUAGCUUGAGGCACAGUAGGAUGAUAGUGCUCAACAAAUCAGGACAUGUUGUUCCAGAUGGAGUUUCAUUAUUGAAAUAUCAAAAACUUGCUAAAUGGCUGAUGAUAGGAAUUUCAUUAUUUGGUUUCAUAUUAUGCACACUAUCACUGUGGCUGUUGAUGUGGUCACCGAAUAUUAGAAAAAGGGAUAACCCUUAUUGGAGUGCCGUUCCUGUAAUAUUUUCCGGAUUCGUCGGAAUAUUCUACCUCAUUUGCUGCCUCAAAGAGCAUCCGAACUGGAAAUUAGGAUACUUUUCCAAUUCAGUCAAGUAUAUUUCUGUCACCUCCAGUAUCAUGGCAACAAUCGCCUCCAUAAUGGUCUUCUUCUUCUCGCUCAUUCACCUCAUCGCCCUCAAUGUACUCGAUUGCUCACCUCCAGAUAACCUCAACACAACCUGUAUAUGUAGGAACAAUUCAACAGACCAAUCAAUUUUUACUAGAAGUUACCACUACGUAGACUUGAGCUGUAUGGAAGUGAAUAAAGUGCUAAGUGCUCUCAUUAUGACUAUAUGCAUAGUGAAUGUUUUAAUUGUGUUCUUAGAAUUGCUGUAUUUGUACUUACAUUGGUUGAGUAGGAAUGUUUAUGUGUACUCGAAAGUGCCAACGAACGUUGGCAGAUUGAAGAAUCGAAGAACUAAUAGUUGACAUAUAAUCUUUAGUUUGUUCAUUGUAACAUGUUUAAAUGAAAUGUAUUCAAAUAAUAUGGGUUUUCUAGUUUUCUUGAUACAAUUUCGAGGAUUUUUGCGGAAUUUUACAUCUAGUUUUUAAAGAAUUAGAGAACAUGAAUCAAGAAUUGGAAAAGAAAUCUGGCAGUUCACAAACUUUCUUAUAAUUUUGUUAUUGGUAUACUUAGGUCCUAAGGUAAAUACAGUUUUAGAUUAAAAUAAUCUGAAAAUGUUAUAUUUCUAUGUGAAUGGCCCUUCAGUGAGACAUAUUUCUCCCCACUGACCAAAACUGUUAAAGUAUAAUAUCCAUAAUCAAUUGCAGAAUAUUCCGCAUCCAGCGGCUUUUGCGGGUUUGAAGUUCCCUUUAAAGUUAGUGCCGGUGCGGCACGAGACUCUGCAAUUGUUUUUGAAUCAACUAUACUAUCAUCGUCAUUGAUUUACCCAUGAUAAACAUCAUUAUUUUGUACCCAGUUUUUACUGAAUAUUCAGCGUGUGCCACUUUGAAUGCCCCUUCACCAAUUCGUGAAUAUAAGCAAAAAGACGCAGUUGUUUGUUUUUAUUUGACUUACAAUAAUUGAUUUGACACGUUGACAUUUCAAAUUGAUUAUUCAUCGCGACUAAAUGAAGAUGAAUUCGACAAACAAGAGAGAAAGCGAGAGAACGAGCAGCUACCAGCUGAUGGUUGCACAUGCAGGCAUGCCGAUGAACAAUAGAAAAUGGAUAAUUAUUCCAGUUGGCAACUUUUAUUAUUUAUAUAUAUCUAUAUAGGCUGAUAGGAUACUUUGUGUUUUCCAAAAUAGUUUAUGAAACAGAUGUUAUAAAUUCCAAAGUCUGCGG